UGAAGUCCACAACAGCCGAGUAAGCCCAGCAGCUCAAGACGGUUACACAAGGAAAGGAAGGGACAGAGGGAGUGACGGACGAGCUCUCAUCUUUCUUAGGGUCGUAGGCAUUUUUCUCUUCCGCGGUUCCGCCGCUCUUUGGGUGAUUCGUGACCACGCGCCGCCACCGCGCGGCCGCCAACGCGCGAUCACUUAUUGGCCAACCCGUGGUGCGCCGGGCCGGGUUGGCCCGUUUUGACUUCCCUAGUAAGCUGUGCUAUGGCAUGCACGUGAUAUCCCUACCUAGAAAUGUCUGCAUAAAUUCUCAAUGCCAUUGCUUGCUUUCCAACUGCUCUUGGUGCUGGAACUAGUGGCUUGACUAAUCCAAACUAUAUAGAGCUAAAUCAAUUGUUUGGAAAAUUCAAAGUUAAAAGAUGGUCCAAGUUUUGGUGCCUCUUUGGCCACUCUCUUCGCGACAAUGAUACAAAUUACAAUGACGAUGGUGUUCCACUCCCAAAAACAAGUUAACACGACUUUUGGUGGUUGACACCUCAUUGUUCGGGUGCAUCGUAUAGCCUGACACCUAUUCAACGAAAUGCAUAAGGGAAAAACAACUUGAAUCUUGGAGCCAGCCACCUUGUUGUGAGGAACUAGCAUUACAAGCGUCCAAAAUAUAUGCUAUUUUGAAGUAUUAUAAUAUAAAUUGGGGUUAUGGGUAGUAAAACUAUGUUCAAGUGGCCAAAGCAAAUCACAAAUUCCCUAGUUGUGCAGUUAAUUAAAGCAGAAAAAGAUGUGCACAAAGCUUUUAAUAUGUUUGAUUCUGCAACUGCUGAAUGCAGUAAUGGGUUUCGUCACGAUCAUGAAACAUUUGGUCUCAUGAUCUCUAGGUUAGUCACUGUGAACCAGUUUAGGUCAGCAGAAGGGAUGCUGGAGAGAAUGAAGCAAGAAAAUUGUAAGGUCACAGAGGACAUAUUUUUAACUAUAUGCAGGGGUUAUGGACGCGUGCAUAGGCCACUUGAUGCAAUCAGGGUUUUCCACAAAAUGGAAGGUUUUCUGCUUAGGCCUACUCAAAAAGCUUACAUUACAAUACUUGAUAUUCUUGUGGAGGAAAACCAUGUAAAGAGGGCUAUUGGUUUUUACAGGGAGAUGAGAGAAGUGGGCAUUCAACCUAGUGUUGUUUCCCUCAAUAUCUUGAUCAAGGCCCUGUGUAAAAACAGGGAAACUGUUGAUUCUGCCUUACGGAUAUUUCGGGAGAUGCCCAACCGUGGAUGUCAGCCAGAUUCAUAUACAUAUGGUACCUUGAUAAAUUGGCUGUGUAGACUAGGAAAAAUUGGUGAGGCAAAGGAACUAUUGAAAGAGAUGGAGCAGAAAGGUUUUUCAGCAUCUGUUGUUACCUAUACUAGUUUGAUACAUGGCUUGUGUCAGUCUAAUAAUUUGGAUGAAGCAAUAGGAUUUCUUGAAGAGAUGAAACGAAAUGACAUUGAGCCAAAUGUUUUUACGUAUAGUUCUCUGAUGGACGGUUUAUGUAAAGGUGGUCAUUCGUCGCAAGCAAUGGAGUUAUUAGAAGUGAUGGUCAGAAAGCACCAUUUGCCUAACAUGGUCACUUAUAGUACUUUAAUCAGUGGAUUGUGUAAAGAAGGAAAGGUACGUGAAGCUGUGGAGAUUCUUGACAGGAUGAGGAUUCAAGGCUUGAAACCAAAUGCAGGAUUGUAUGGGAAAAUCAUAUGGGGUCUCUGUGCUGCAGGAAGCUAUCAAGAAGCUGUAAAUUUUAUUGAUGAGAUGGUGCUUGGUGGUAUCUCACCAAAUCGAGCAAGUUGGAGCCUUCAUGUUAGGAUGCAUAACAUGAUAGUCCAGGGCCUUUGUAAUAAUGUUGAUUCACCACGUGCAUUUCAGUUGUAUCUUUGCAUGCGCACUAGGUACAUCUCUGUUGAAAUUAACACUUUCGACUGCUUGAUCAAAUGUUUUUGUAAGAGAGGAGACCUGCACAAAGCUGCUCGCAUUCUUGAGGAGAUGAUAUUAGAUGGAUGCAUUCCAGAUGAGGGAAUAUGGAAUGUAGUAAUCUCUGGACUUUGGGAUCGAAAAAAGGUAAGAGAAGCCACUGAGCUACUGCUGGCUGAGUUGAGGCAGAAGUUUGUUGAAGCUGAAAGUUGAAGUUUGUGGGUCCACAGAAUACAGAUAUACAUUGCAUUCUUACUGAAAACCUUUGGCAUCGCAUGGCCCCCUGACUGUAAAAGUGACUGAACAUAUGCUGUCUUUUCAAUUCAUGAUCUCACUUCCUCAUCUGAAAUGGUUGAGUUCUCUGAUGAUCAAUAUCUCCGUGACCAGAUGAUUAAAGCUUCAAAUUGAGAAAGUAAAUAUGCUGUGUGCAAGAUUUACAAAUAAGCUUAUUCUGGGGGGCGACCUUAUAUUUCACAUAACCUUGCUCUCUCUUCUUUGGGGACACUGCCUUGGUUCUUCCCCUAUCUUUCUUGAAAGUUUAAUGCGGAACAUGUUUGUUGGAAUAUAUUUUCCAUAGUUCUGGCCUUCUGGUCGAGGUAGACUCAGAAAGUUGAGGUGGAAGGGUGGUUGAUCCAUCAAUAACCCACAAGCCCCUGAGGGUGGCUAACCCAUAACAGAUGUUCCCCUUGUUGUCUCUGAAGCUAUCAGUUAAACACAGCAAGAAGCACGAGGCACCGCAGAGAGAUACAAGUGCAGCAGUCAUGACCUUGCUGACAGAGUCACAGUUGCCAAUAUUUGUGAAGAUUGGGGACAGAAGUUGGAAAGCAAGGACUGUGCCAGUUGGUAAAAGGUUGGCCAAAUGGGCAGUGCUCUGAAAUGUCUGGCUAAUGGCUUUCUGAAUCAGGUUCCUCUCUGCUUCUGGCACCUCACUAUUUCGCAGGAGAGGUUGUAUUUGUUCAUCCUGAUUCCUAGAGUCAUCAGUUUCUAUUUUGAUAUCCAUGGCUUGUAGAACUUCUUAGCCGCUUCUGAUGUUUCUGUUUUGGUUACCUUUGUCUUUGCAGCAUAUAUUCGAUGAAAGGUGUAUCUAUAUAGGUCAGCAUAUUUGAGUGGCGCCAAAGAGAGGGAAAGGUGAGGAAGAGAAGGGAGGUUUGUCAUUACUUGCAAGAAACACAAACUAAACUUCAUAAAGCAGCUUUCACGAUAUUCCUGCUAGCAGUUAGUUAAAAGUAACUCAAGGUUAUGAAUCCAAACGCUUUGCUGAAAAAACAAAGUGGAUUAGAAGCCUGAUUCAUGGGAUCUUUUUUAGGGUGAGCGCACCCUGCCCCAAAGUACACGUUAGUUAUAAUCUGUUACCACAAUUCAUAUCGUUAGGAUAAUGAAUAUAAACAAGGGCAUGAUUUA